AAACAACAAACAUGCCCUUAAGCUAAAAAGUGAUUAAAGCUACUAAAUUUGACAACAUUACCUGUGGAUUAAGUAAAACCCCAUGAAAGUCAUUCAGCGUAGAAAAACAUUCAAUUUUAAAAAAAAAAAAAAAAGCCGAGGAGCCAAUUUCCAAAUGGCAUAUAACUGAGGGGUCUAAAUACAUUUCCACCUAAAUUUUGUGACGACUUUCCCAUGUAUAAAUACAUGGAGAGAGCCUCAAAUGUCAUAUAGCAUAUCCAAUAUAUAUCCUACACAAUUCUCUGCACCAUAUAUAGCUACCACAUACAUUUGCAUACAUAUAUAUGGCACACUUUAGAGUGAUCAACUGCCUGCUUCUCCUCUGCUUCUUUGCGGUCGCGCGAUCGGACUUUGCGGCAGACCGCGCGGAGUGCGCAAGCCAGCUGGUGGGUCUGUCGCCGUGCCUGACCUACGCGGGGGGCAGCGGGAAGGCCCCGACCCCCGACUGCUGCAAGGGGCUCCAAGAGGUCGUCGCGCAGAGCUUCAAGUGCCUCUGUGUGCUCGUCAAGGACCGCGACGAGCCCGCACUCGGGUUCAAGUUCAAUGUGACUCGAGCUCUCUUCCUCCCUUCUAUGUGCCAGGUUCCCGCAAACGUAACCGACUGCCCUAGAUUGUUGAACCUCCCGGCGAAUUCGGCAGAUGCGCAGGUUUUUGAGCAAUUUGGACGUCAACUCAAAAACAUCAGUAAUAAUAAUACAGCAACGGACGAUGGUAAAGGGCAUUCCACAAGUAAUGGUGCAAGAAGUAAAAUGAGGAUACUAAAUGCAACUGCAGGAAUAAUGGCAUGGAUGCUAUACCUUUUGUUGGGGUAGUUUGAAAAAUGUACUUGUCAUUAAUUGUAUUGAGCACAUUGUAUAACUAUUAUAUUAUUAUUAGGAUAUAUAAUAUGUGUGAGUGCAAUAAAUAAGAUAAUUAUAUGUGUAAGAUCAGAUUUAUUAAAUUUGAUAAUAUUUACUAAAUAAA